AUGGAAAAUCUCACGCCAGAACAAUGGCGCGAGAUCAUGAACAGGAAGAUGCGCUUCCCUCCGGAGCUCCUCAGUGCCAUCCAGGAGGGGAAAAUAGAGCUGCUGUGUGGACUUUUGAAGACUGGCGAUGGCAUCAUCCGCCAGCUGGAUGAGUCUGAGGAUCGCCAGUGGAGGGAGGCGCUCAACUUGUCCAUCCGCCUUGGCGAUGAUAAUUGCAUGGACGCACUCUUGCAGGGGGUCAAGUUUGACUUUCGGCAGAUUCACGAGGCGUUGCUAGUGGCUGUAGACACUAACCAGCCCAGAGUGGUGAAGCGCCUGCUGGACCGCCUAGACCAGGAGAAAGGCAACAAGAUGGACGUACGCUCCUUCUCUCAGGCCAUCUUUGACCACUCCAUUGACAACUCCCAGUUUGCCCCUGGUGUGACUCCCCUGACCUUAGCCUGCCAGAAGGACCUGUAUGAUAUAGUCACCAUGCUCACCCAAAAAGGUCACAUCAUCCCGUGGCCACAUAAGAUAUCCUGUGCCUGUCUGGAGUGUCGUAACGGCCGGCAGUACGACCUGCUAAAGUUCUCCUUGUCUCGCAUCAACACCUACCGUGGCAUCGCCAGCCGUGCCUACCUGUCCAUCACCUCUGAUGAUGCAAUGCUCAGGGCUUUCAGUCUCAGCAAAGAGCUCCGCAAACUCUCACAAAAAGAGCCAGAGUUCAAGCCUCAGUACCUGGGCCUGGAGGAGCUCUGUCAGGAGUUUGCUGUUGAGUUGCUGGGCAUGUGUCGCAACCAGAGCGAAGUCACCACCAUCCUGAACAGCUGUGGAGACGAGAGUCAGGACUCCUUAGAUGAGCAGGCCUUUGAGGAGGGAAUCCCAAACCUGUCACGUCUGCGGCUCGCUGUCAACUACAACCAGAAGCAGUUUGUGGCCCACCCAAUCUGCCAGCAGGUGCUGUCAUCUAUCUGGUGCGGGAACCUGGCAGGCUGGAGAGGCAGCAGGACGGCCUGGAAGCUGUUUGUCUCUGUUGGGAUCUUUCUCACCAUGCCCCUCCUCUGCCUCGUCUACUGGAUCGCACCCAAGUCAAAGGUGGGAAAGAUGCUAAAGAUUCCGGUGAUCAAGUUUCUCCUCCACUCUGCCUCCUAUCUGUGGUUUCUCAUCACGUUACUCGGAGAAUCAAUAACAAUGGAGAUGUAUCGAGACAAAUUUGCUUCGCGGCAGCAGAAUAUCCUGCACAGCUCCUUCCACAUGGUGUGGGUGGUCGGAUUCUUCUGGUACGAGUGUAAGGAAGUGUGGAUCGAGGGGCUGCGGAGCUACUUUCUGGACUGGUGGAACUGCUUGGACAUGAUGGUGCUCAGCAUGUACUUGGCGUCCUUUGCGUUGCGCGUCCUUAUCAUGCUCAAAGGUCACUUUGUCUGCCAUGAUCAUAACGGCACAGAGGAGUGUAUCUACUUCACUCAGACUAUCCGUGACGACUGGCAUCAGGAGGAUCCCCAGCUGAUUGCAGAGGUGCUGUUUGCGGUGACAAGCAUGCUGAGCUUCACGCGGCUGGCGUACAUCCUGCCAGCACACGAGUCUCUGGGAACUUUGCAGAUCUCCAUAGGGAAGAUGAUUGAUGAUAUGAUGAGAUUUAUGUUCAUAUUGAUGAUCAUUGGAACAGCCUUCCUCUGUGGCAUCAACAAUGUCUAUGUUCCUUAUGUCAUCUCUCCACAUCUUGGCAAGUUCAAUGAGACAUUCCACUUCUUAUUUUGGACCAUGUUUGGUGUGGCCAACCAGGACUACGUGGACAUGCCUCAGUUUGUGUUGGCAGAGUUUGUCGGAAGGAUUCUGUACGGCAUCUUCACGCUUGUCAUAGUCAUAGUCCUUCUCAACAUGCUUAUUGCUAUGAUCACCAACUCCUUUCAGAAAAUUGAGGAUGAUGCAGAUGUCGAGUGGAAGUUUGCCAGGUCAAAGUUGUACCUCAGUUACUUCAGAGAGGGCCUCACCAUGCCAGUGCCCUUCAACAUCAUCCCCUCACCAAAAGCUGUCUUUUACAUCAUAAGGGGUAUCUUUCGGAAAAUCUGCUGCUGCUGCACUUGCAAUUCUGAGACAAAAUAUCCCCCUAUAACCUCUAUGACCAGUGGUAAGAAAUCUGAGGACAGUCAGUUACCUUACCGGCAGCAGGUGAUCAGAGCUCUGGUGCAACGCUACAUUGAGUCAGCUCGCAGGGAAUUUGAGGAGACCAAGAGAAAAGAUAUUGGUAAUCGGAUCACUGAGCUGACAAAAACCAUCUCCAGGAUGCACACUGAUAUGAAGGUGGUCCAGCAGCUUCUGAUGGACGAUGGACACACUGAUGCAUUGAACAAGGACGGCUCCUCCUUCCUGGGGAAAUACAUCAUUGGUGCCAAGAACAAUUUCAGAGGUUUUAACAGCAGGCAAGAUGACAAAAAUCCAGCACUUAAAGUGACAGUGCACCACGGAGAAGAGGGGGUGGAUAAAGAAAAGGUCGACUCAGAUACAAAACACGAGUCAGACACACAACUGAAUCAGGUGGGCGAAUGUGGAGCAGAGGGAUCAGAGUGGGUAACAGACUAUGAUGUGGUGAAAAUGGAGGAGGGCAGAGCGAAAACAGAGCUAGGAGACGAGAGGGACACAGAGUCAAAAGAGCAGGUAGGAGGAGAUGAAAAUGAAAAUGUUGAUUAUGAAGUGAGAGAGGAAGUGGUGGCAAGUACAAGUUUGAAUCUUGUAGAAGAAAAGGUGAAAGCCGAGGCCAUGCAGGAAGAGGUGGAAAAAAGAACGGAAGGGGAGAUACUCGCAGGGGUAAAGGUAGGUGAAAAACACACAGACACAACUCCAGAACAAAAGGAAAGCACCACAGUGGACAGUGAAAAGACAGACACAAAGACAGUGGCAAACAGGUUCAAAGACAUAGAGCUCCAAGAAAAGAAAGUGGAGGCAAAAUGGAUGAAGGGUAGAAAGUUUGAGCGUAAUGUAGGAGAGAAGUCUGGUGUCAAGGAGAGCAAUGCAAACCCUGUAGCCAACAAAAUUAUUCCCUCGCCAACAGGCAGCAGCAGCUCCCAGGACACUGGCUUUGGUUCCCAAGAAGGGGAGGGAUCGAUUGAUGGGAUGCUAGUGAGACCGUAACUUUAGCGUUGUCCCGUUUAAAGGACCUCACCGACUUUCUCAGGGUUUGGUCUCUUUGUUGACCUUAUUCAAUAUCUGAUAAGAGGGACAUUUUUGGGAAUAGUCUUGCUCAUAAUUGCCUGUAAAAUAGCAAAUUGUCAUUUUUAUAGUUUGGUUGUUGCACUGAUUAAACAAACAAGACACAAUGUGCUAAUUAUUUAACUUCUUUUUUUAUUCAAAGAAUUAUUGACGAACGAUUAAC